UGCCGAUGUGGAGAAAGGAGAUGAAAGAAGAAGCAAAGAAACAGCUAUGGCUGGCAGGACCUAUGAUAUUUGUGUGUGUGUUUCAGUUCAGUUUGCAGCUUAUAUCUCUCAUGUUUGUAGGUCAUUUGAGUGAGAUAUGUUUGGCUGCUGUAUCUCUGUCAACUUCAAUUGUCAAUUCUACUGGUUUCAAUGUCAUGAUGGGUCUAUCAAGUGCAUUGGACACAUUUUGUGGCCAAGCAUAUGGAGCAAAGCAGUAUCACAUGCUUGGUGUGCACACCCAAGGAGCCAUGGUGGUUCUUAUCAUUGCUAGCAUACCAGUGUCCAUUAUUUGGGUAUACUUAGAGCCUAUUCUUGUACUUUUACAUCAAGACAAAGAAGUUGCAAAACUAGCUCAACUAUAUGCCAGAUAUUUGAUCCCAAGUCUUUCAGCCAAUGCUCUUCUUCGAUGCAUUACUAAGUUCAUACAAACCCAAAACAUAGUCUUUCCAAUGGUGCUAGCCACUGGCUUGACUAGAUUGUUGCACUUGCUUCUCUGUUGGGUUUUCAUUCUAAAACUUGACCUUGGUAUCAAAGGAUCUGCCAUUGCAAUUUGCAUAUCAAAUUGGUUUAACACCAUAAUCUUUGCACUUUACAUUCGAUUCUCCCCUUCAUGCAAACAAACUUGGACUGGUUUCUCUAAGAAAUCAUUGCAUAACAUCCCAAAAUUUCUCAGACUGGCCUUUCCCUCAGCAGUCAUGGUGUGCUUGGAAUCAUGGACGUUUGAAACAAUUGUGAUCUUGUCUGGUAUUCUUGCUAAUGGGAAAUUGGAAACAUCGGUUCUUUCUAUAUGUCUUAACACGUCUGGUAUAUUUUGGAUGGUACCAUUUGGAGUUAGUGCUGCUGGAAGUACAAGGAUCUCAAAUGAAUUAGGAGCUGGUAGACCAAAAGCUGCAUAUUUAGCAGUUAAAGUCACCAUGUUCAUGGCCCUUUUGGUGGGGCUUGUAGAAUUUUCUAUCCUUAUGUCGUUAUGGAAAGUUUGGGGGCGUGCUUUUACCAAUGUGCAUGAAGUUCUCACACAUGUGAUUUCCAUGAUGCCAAUUGUUGCAAGUGCUGCUUUUGUAGAUUCAAUUCAAACAGCAUUUCAAGGUAUUGAAUAA